AUGAAGUCUGUCGCUGCUUUCUCCGCCCUCGCGGUCCUGUCCGUCGUCUCGGCCAACCCUACUGCGACUGAGCCCGAGGCCCCCAUCAAGGCCCGCUCCCUGCCCACAGUCUCCGCCUCUGGCAAUGCCUUCUACGCUGGUAGCAACCGCUUCUACCUUCGUGGCAUCGACUACCAGCCCGGUGGUUCGUCCGAGAACAUCGACCCACUGGCCGAUACUAGCAUCUGCGGCCGUGACAUUCCCAAGUUCAAGGACCUCGGUGUGAACACCAUCCGUGUCUACUCUGUCGAUAACUCCAAGGACCACAAGGAGUGCAUGCAGCAGCUGGCCGACGCUGGUAUCUACCUCGUUGCCGAUGUCAACAACCCCAAGUACUCUAUCAAUCGUGCCGACCCCCACCCCUCAUACAACGCCGUCUACCUCCAGAGCGUCUUCGCCACCGUCGAGGAGUUCGCCAAGUACGAAAACACACUGGCCUUCUUCUCCGGAAACGAGGUCAUUCACGAUGAGCCCAACACUACAUUGACCGCCCCCUAUGUCAAGGCCGUCACCCGUGACAUCAAGAACUACAUGGCCUCCCGCGGCCUCCGCCACGUCCCUGUCGGCUACUCCGCUGCCGAUGUCUCCGACAACCGUAUGCAGACCGCUGAGUACUUCAACUGCGGCAGCGACGACGCCCGCUCCGACUUUUUCGCCUUCAACGACUACUCCUGGUGCAGCUCCAACUUUGUGGAGUCCGGUUGGGAUAUUAAGGUUAAGAACUUCACCAACUACGGGAUUCCCAUCUUCCUGUCUGAGUAUGGUUGCAACACCAACGUCCGUACCUUUGGCGAGCUGGAGGCUCUCAUGAACCCUGAGAUGACUGGUGUCUACUCUGGUGGUCUCAUGUACGAGUAUUCUCAAGAGGUCAGCAAGUAUGGUAUCGUCGAGAUCAACGGCAACACCGUGUCCGAUCUUCCUGAAUACGCCAACUUCAAGAACGCUCUCGCCAAGUACCCCGCCCCCACCGGUGACGGUGGCGCCAAUUCGACCUCCCACUCCUCCGCUUGCCCUGCAAAAGACUCCGUCUGGCUGGCCGACCCCUCUCAGAUUCCCACCAUCCCCUCCGCCGCCGAGAAGUACAUGACUGCUGGUGCCGGUUCCGGCCCGGGUCUGGACGGCCCUGGCUCCCAGACCGCUGGUGACUCUGCUUCCUCCGGUGACACCACCGGAGGUACUGCAUCUGCCAGUGCAUCCGGCCACGCUUCCGCCACUGGCUCCCACAACGCUGCUCCUGGCAUGACCUUUGGCGGCCCCAUUGAGAAGGCUCCUUUGGCUAUUGCCGGUCUGGCCGCCAUGUUCACUUUGUUCGGUGCCUUCCUGCUGUAA